AAAUCAUAAUUCCGACACACCGCGAAGGCAGCAGCAGGAGCAGCAGGCUCCUAAUUAUCCGAAGAGGAGGAGGAGGAGGUCUGGUGUCAUUUAUUAGGGCUGUGCGGGGCUUUUGUCCAGGAGAAAUGGCAGGGAUUAAAGCUCUCAUCAGCCUAUCUUUUGGAGGAGCCAUCGGCCUCAUGUUCCUCAUGUUAGGAUGUGCGCUCCCCAUAUACAACAAAUAUUGGCCGUUGUUCCUCCUCUUCUUCUACAUUCUCUCUCCCAUUCCUUACUGCAUCUCUCGGAGGGUGGUGGACGACACAGAUUCGGCCAGUAAUGCCUGCAAAGAGCUGGCCAUCUUCCUCACAACGGGCAUCGUCAUCUCAGCUUUUGGUCUGCCCAUCAUUUUCGCAAGAGCUGGAGUAAUCGCCUGGGGGGCGUGCGCGCUCGUGUUGACGGGUAACAUAGUCAUCUUCGGGACCAUUCUGGGCUUCUUUCUUGUGUUCGGGUCCAACGAUGACUUCAGUUGGCAGCAGUGGUAAACAGCAGAAGGAAGGGAGAACGUAGUCUAAAACUGUUUUUCUUAGCGUUACAAAAUAUUAUUGAUAUUACCGUUCUGUUCUUGUUGUCAUUUAUAUGACCGCCCAUCCAUAGACACACCAAAACAGUGCAAUACCUUUUUUUUAUAUGCAUCACUUUGAACUGACAUUCAGAUGGAUUUGUUCUCAUUUCAAGUUGUCACUUCUGACUUCUGUAUUGUUGCAUUUUCUUGAUCUGUGUGUUUGAUGUCAUUCCGACCUAGUUUAAAAUGAGUAUUUGUGUAAAUAAACUCCACAGAAAACGCCAUCAAAUUGAAUGUCAGGAAGGCUCAAUUUAAAGGAAAGCACCAGCCUUCCUUUGUCCAUUUCUCGUCUCUUUUAUUUCUCUAUUUAUUCUUUAAAAUGAAUGAGAAAACAUUGUUUUCUUUGAUAAAAGCACAGAUGGGUUUUCAGUUCUGGUCUCUGGACACUUGAGCAUGUUGACUCGCACUUCCCUUUGAAUAGCUGUUGCUGAAGCUUAUUGUUUUUAUCUAAAGUGACAUCAGUGAAGUAAAACCAUUAAAACCACAAAUAAAGGUUGCAGCUGUGUGCUACCCGUUGAACAGAUAGUAGAGUAUUUGCCCCCAAACCAAUUCAAAACACUAAUUUUCAAGUUAACUUGGGUGUCAAGCCAUUGUAGCGACUGGACUAGUUUGGUUAGCUUAGCCAGUUGGUAACUAGAUAUUAUGUCAACAGGUUCUAUUGGUUCUUGUCUUACCGGUGACUGAAGGGAAGUCAGUUUGAUGGUGGAAAAAUUCUUCUAAUGUCUUCAAGUUCUGUUUUGUGUUAUGUGGCGCAGCACACAGAUGUGAAUGCAGUUUGUUUUCGUCACCAUAAACAUCAGCAGUAUUACAUCAUCUUAUGAUUGAAUAUUAAUAGGAAUUAAUUUAUCAGAGUUUU